GACUACCGUUUUACCCAAAACAACUACUUUUUCAAUUAACGUUCGUUGAAACUUUGCUAACCUUGGAAAAAAGGAACGAAAGGUACUAGGCGGUGUCACGAAUUGCUCGCUGAUAUAUUGACAAGAUCCGGUAGUGAAGAAAGUUUACAACAUGCUGAAGUUUCGAGCGCCGGGACAACGAAAGUGCAGCUACACGGUUAAUCCAGGCAGCAAAGCGGCUCAACAGGGGGUGAGAGAGGGUGAUUUGAUUAGUAGCAUAAAUGGAAGAACUACCCGGGAUUUAACGAACAGCGAAGCACAUGCACUCUUACGAAACGCUGGAGAACACUUGAAACUCGGUUUAAAUCAGGAAAAUAUUGGCUCUCCAAAACGACGAAUUUAUAGAAGCAGUUUACAAGAAAAUACUACUAGUGAAAUCCUCAGCAAAACAACGACAACGAAAACUACGACUACAUCGAAUACUCAGAUUAUAACGACUGAUACAAAGAAGAACGAAACAAAUGAUACAAAAUCUGACCAAAGCUACGCCAAUCAGAACGGUGAACCGAAGAGUUCCUUGAUCCACCAACGAAACGAAACCGAGAAAAGAGUUUGCAAAUUCUUGGAGUACGCUACCGACACGGAAGAGAUUAACAUGCCGCACAGUGCGCGAAACCGCAGAAAUCGCAAAGGUCGCAACAACAGAAGACCCUUUCAAAGGCAGCAAACUCUGGAUAAAGCUACGAAAGAUAACAACGCCACCAUAGAAAUUCCGAAGAACAUCGAGGAACACGAAGAGAAUCUUCACGAACCUAAGACGAGCGCAGAUACGAAGACGAACGACUCCGACUCGGAGAAUACCGUACACAGUGGCAAAAAUCAACGGCAGAAUGUCGAAGACGAUGAUGUAAACGUGACAAAGAAUUCGGAUAACGAAAUCACCCCAAAGGGAGUUAUAUCGAAGUCUCGUAGAUACGCGAAAGAAGAAAAGUGUCGAAUAGAGAUAGGUACAGUGCAACCUGGCAUCAAAGUUAUGAAGAUCACAACGAUCAGUAGUUCACCUCUGGAAGCAAAGAUCGAUCACAUUCCCGGGGUCGGUAUCGUAGAGACUGGCAGUAAAGAUAAGAUGCCGGAUAACGAGGCUAUUGUGACAAUUUCCGAACCUGUGGACUCUUUCUCUUCUUCUACGACGAAAGUGGACAGGAAGAACGAUCUGAGUCAAGAUUCGAUGUUGACUGGCAACAAGCUGCAGAUUCGCGAUGUCAGCGACUGCGACACGGUAGACACCGAUAACGUUAAACCAGUUAUCGUCGAAAUGGAAUCGGACGUGGAAAGGGAGCCAACGGAGCUAGCUACGCGGUUGGAAGCGGAUUUCGAUGACUCUGAUGCGUCGAAGCAAGAUUUUGUGGAACCGAGGCGUGUCUGGGACAGCGUGAUGCCGCACGACGUAGAGAGGAAAUUGAGGAGCUUCAUCGAGAGUCUAAAAUUGCCGACUUACGUGGAGGACGUCGUGGAACCAACGAAGCCGACGGACCACGAGCGGAUCAGUGGCUCGACGCACAAGAAGGCGAGGAAACGCGCCACUUUCGAAGCGCAACACGCGCACUUGCAAGCGGCUAACAGGUUUUUGGACAUCAUUCAAGAGGAGGGCGAGAAACUGUCCGAAGACGAAGAGCAGCAUAUAAGAGAUUUUAUUAACGAGGAGAUUGGGAAAUACCGGAGGAAAGAACGCUGUUCGGAACGUGUAGAACAUAAAGAGGGAUUGAUGCAAGAAAUAAGAGAGGAGGAGCACAGUGUGAAGAUAAAUGUGAUCAACGUGGACGAAGAAAUGUCUGAGAAAAAGGAAGAUGCUGAUAAAAAGGAAGAUGCUGAUAAAAAGGAAGAUGCUGAUAAACAGGAAGAUGCUGAUAUAGGAAGAACUCUAGAAUUGGAUAGAGUGGAAACGGAGCUUGACACUAGAGAAGCGAGGAAGCCGAUUGACGAAGAUGAUGAAUCGCGGAAGGAUUCAAAGGAAGAGAAUUUCAAGCUGAAAGAAGAUAAUGAUACGGAAGUGUUAGAAGGGAAAAAUGUUAAUGUUGAAGACGAGUCUGUAGGAAGUGAGUCAUUCAAAAUAGAGGAAUUGGAGCAAAGUAUAGAAGAAGAUGAAGAGAUAUUAGAGAAAAAGGACGAUAAUAAUGGAAAGAUCGAGGAAGUGGUAAGCGAACCAUUGAGUGAUGACAGUAUAAGUCAAAGUGAUUCUAAGUUGAUUGUUGAAGAUGAAACUAGUGGUCAAAUGUUGUUUAAUGGUGCAAAUAAUGAAUUGAAAGAUUUGAAUAAUAAGCAAUUAAACGAAAAAUGUGAAACAUUAACUGAUGAUGUUAGAAUAAAAGAAGUAGAGAAAGUAUCGCUUGUUCAAGAAGGUAUGUCGACAGAACAGACGUCAGAAAAACAAUCAGAAGUUCCUGAUGAUUUAAAUAUCAGUGCACGUUGUACGACGAUACAGGUUGAAGAGAACAAAAAUGAAAAAUUAGAACUGGAUAAAAAUCAAGAUACUUUGAAUGAAAUAUCGGAAGAAUUAAAGAUCAAACAGUUAGAAGUGGAUAGUAAUUGUACUCGUUUGGAAAGUGAAGUAUUAAUUGAAAAGCCUGUUAGAGAAGAAAAAUUGGAUUUGGAAAAUAAUAUACGAAAUUCUGAAGCAUUGUCAAAGGAAACUGAAGAAUCAAAAUCAAUUGGUGACGAUGAUGGUUCCAAAAACGAAGUGCUGUGUGAAAAAUUGGUAAAAGAGAAGGAAUCUUGUAUGAGAGAUGAUGUUGUGAAAGAUUCCAAAGUAAAUACGUUGCCUGAAAAUCAAACGACUGAAGCGAUUGAAAAUGGAACAACAAAUAAUGGAGAAUCGUCUCAUAAAAGUGAGAUAAAGUUCGCAAAAGUCGAUGAAGAAUCAUCGUACGAAAUAACAUCUGCAGAAGUCAAUGAAAAAUCAUCGCAAUAUGAAACAAAACAUAGAAACGUCGAUAAAGAAUCAUCGAAAGAAAGUGAAACAAAAUCUAUAGAAAUUAAUAACGAAUCAUCCGAAUCGAAAUAUUCAUGUGUAGAAAAUACGCAAAAUGAAAGUUGUACCAAUCCAAAAAACAUUAAUAUUUCCGAAUCAAGCAUAACGAAAAGCGUAAGCGAUGAAUUAUUAAAAGAACAAUCCUGUUGCAUAGAAAGGAAAUGCCCAGAAAUUCAGACUCCAGAAAACGUUAUAUCAGUGAUAAAGACAAAACCUUGUACCGUAACGCCGCCAAAAAGAUCUUCUAGCCUAUCAGACAUCGAUUUCCAAGAGAAAACAACGUAUUCCGGUAUUUACGAUCGUAAUCCUCCAACCCCUCCGCUUCGUCGAAAAAGGGAAGUCAAACAGCUCAUAGACGUUGACGAUCCUCCCAGUCGUCCACCUCUUCCGAAAGAAAACCUCAGUAUAUUCGAUGCAUCUUUCAGACAACCCUUGGAAAUACAUUCUUUGGAGACUCCAACGAUGUGUAGGAAUAUUGGCAGCCUGAGAACUUUAUUGACAAUAAUAUCCCGCAGUGACGCGUCCGUCAGAAAUAUUCGCGACGCUUUAAGCACCGUGGAUUCGUUGGCUCUGCCUGAGAACGUACGCAAGAUAAUCGAUGAUCUAAGAGCAAGCGGGAGGAGGGCUUGUCUCGGGAGUGACAUUACCGAAUUGCACAAUUACCUUGAGAACGGCGCCGAGCUUGGCAAUGGAGCAACGCCUGAAAUAACGCAUGACUACUUGAAUCGUAACGUACACGAAAAAUCGUCGGCGUCCAAGUCGUCGGCGAGAUCUGACGCGCACGAGCCGGUCGAACGACUAGUGAAAAUGGUCAUAGAAUCGUCUAAGGACGAACCUGAUCGAGCAACACUUUCUGAUAAAUCCAAUCAGAAGCAAUCCGAGAGUAAGAUCGGAACGUUAACGAAUGAAAAUCAGGGAAAGAAAACUGAAUCGGAACAGUCAUCGCGUCAUCAUGUUAAUAAGGAGGUUAUCAAGAGUGAAAUGUCGAUGAAGAAGAAGAUUGUAACGCAAAAAAACAUAUCAACUAUGCGUGACUUUAGAUCGCGUAAUAAUAAAGUUGAAAAUUCAAAAGAUACCAGGGAGUUAACUACUAGCGAGGAAGAGUUUGAAGAAAUAUACAAAUACUCCACUUCAAAGGACAAUGACGAAGUGCAGUCUUACGUUCGUAAAAUUAGCAAGCACGAUAAUCAUGAUCAGAAGGAACGUGAAAAAUUCGAUAGCCCAUCAGAAAUACUAGACUCUAUUGUAAAAAUCCACCCUGAGCAUUUCAUGGAUAAAGAUAAGUUGGAGACAGUGGAUUAUCAAGGGCACGACUCGUCCAGCAGUGCAACUACUUUGAGUACGGUGAAGUAUAACCCGGCAGAUGCCUGGCAAGCUGACAUUUAUUCGAUAAUAGCGGAAGAAGCAAGGAAAAGCAAGCUUAAGCGAGAGGCAGAGGAGAAAGUCGAGUCAUCCAGCUUGAGAAACAAACUUCCUUUGCUGAAAAGCGAUGAAUCGUUUUAUAACACAACGAACUGUCACGAAGUUCCAGUGACACCUGAACCUAUACCCUAUUCACCUGUCGAAGAUCUGUGUUACGCGACCAUUGACAGUGAUGCGAAUUAUGUGAAAAGUCAGUCGCAGAAAGGCGGGACUACCAAUGGACCAGAGUCUUUGAAAGACCUUAGCAUUAAGAAAAUUUUGUCGAUGCCGUACGGUUUUCACGUAAUCAACGAGAUCACGAUGCCUAAAUUUAACAUCUUUAAAAGUCUACGAUCUAUCCCGAAGUUUACUAAUAACGUAACGAAUGAUGAGAUUAGAGACAUUCCAUUAAAUAUGCAUGCAUUACCCAAGUCGCGGCAAACGACCAUGGCCAAAGAUAGUUCGGGAACGUGGGUAGGUUUAUCGACGUCCAAAGAUCCCAGGUUGCUCGUUUGCUUAUCACCGUCUCAGCAGAAAACCGCAAUAAAAACGAGCGCGGACAACUUACUGGAUUUGCAUAGAAAAUUCCUAAACAGACACAGCUAUUUCGACGAAGAACCGCCUCCACGAAUCCCUGUUCCUAAAUAUCGAGUCGAACUGCUGCCCAUCGACGAAAGUAACAAAGAAAGCGUUAAACGCGAAGUAAAAAUCGAAUUCUCCAAACCGACUGCUCAUGACGUUCGCACUGAAUACGAUAAAAAAUUACCUACAAACAGGCUGUUAGACAUCAUCAAAGAAAAUUCUGACAAUUCUAAACAUCCAUAUAGCGCGAGACCAAAGUCGAGAAACGAAUCAAAGGUAAAGUUUGAUGAAUCGAGGCACUCCGACACAAAGUCGUCUUAUACAAAGUCGAGUACUCUUGACAAUGGUCAGGAGCGUCUCAAAGUCACUCGCCUAUGCGACUGGUUGAACUUAGCAAGACGCGAACCCGUCAGUAAUGCGCGGCACGCGACAUCGCUAUCCGAUGAUUUAUUAAUAGAAUCGUCGGGUGAGGGAAAAGAGCGUGAUAAGAGUCGAUUCAGCGAACGAAUUCAUGGCAAUCAGUCGGAGGUUGCAAAAGAAUCAGGGUCAGAUAGAACCAAGGAACAUGUUACUGGUAAACGGUCGACGCCAGCUCAUUUCAUCAACGCUGCUUUGAUCGUGAAUUCGCUCGAAAAACCGGAGCCGCCCGUCAGAAGUCCGACGCCCUUCAACAAGAGUCCCAUUACACUGAACAGUGCUAUCAUCGACAAAUCGGCCGCGAUGCCAGACACUGCGGACAGGAGGACACCGCCACGAAGGACCAUCGAUCCGCGCUACAACGUGAAUCCAGCGUUGAUCGACAAUAAAGUGGAAGUGCCACCGCGUCUGAAACGUGUGAUCAACGUAGACAAAUCGUGUAUCGACACGACGAGUAUUUUCGAUCAGAAUCCACCUAGAAGUCAUCUGGAACCACGACGAUACAAGAGCGAAGAAGAAGAAAAUGUGAAACAGGUGGCAGCUACGGAAAUCAUGCAAAAUCUGAAAAAGCUUCAAACCGAGGCAGAAACUCAAUUGGAGGGUCAUCGAAAGUAUUCUCUACCCCAAGAGUAUUUCGCACAGCAACUGAAAUACAUAGAGCUGCUGGAGAAUCAGUUGAAAAACGUAAUAUUAGCCGAGGAGGAGGAGAAGGAAGCCUUUGAGACAUUCCAAACACAUGCGAGGCAACGGGUACAGGAGACAGGUGUAACGAAGGAUGUACCGAAGAGACUUCCUUCUUCAGACAAGUCUUUUGAUCGAGUAUAUACCUCUGAGAUUAAAGAGAAAGCCUCUCAAGACACUCGCAAUGAUGAAUCUUGGGUAGAGAGCCAAAGCUGGCAGGAGAAGUCCGAGGAAGUGAAGGAAAAUUAUUCGGAGACGAUUAAUAAACAUGGUCAGAAGGAUUUUUUGAAGAAGGUGCAUCGCGAGAACGGUUUCCACGAGGAGGAAUGUGAAAAGCGAAUCGAGCACGUGGAACAGCAUUCCGUGAUGACCAAGAAGGGUGACAAAGUUCCUGAAAAGAUGAAAACGGAUCGAGCUGAGCAAGCGAGCGGCGCUUGUAAAAAAGCACCUACGGAAAAAGAGAGGACGAAGGAAGAGCGUGGUUUUGGCAAAGAAAAUACGUCGCCUGAGAUGUCUAACUCACAGAAAACCGUCAAAGUCGAAAAACCGAGUGUGCCCGCGGCCGUGAAGAACAGCGAAACGUUUCGACAGAGAAUGUACGACGAGUAUGUGCACAAGGUCCUCGAGCGAGAAGAACGGAAACAUCAUAAAGUGGUGAAAAUCAGCACUCACGAGGAUAUUCAGAAAUUGAAGAAUAAUUUGGGAAAAAGUGACAUGAGCACCGUUGAAAAAGAGUUUAUCGAAAAAGCGAGGAACAGGCUAAAUAAAUUUGGGAUUAAUUUGGACGAAAGCGAAUCUGAAAGCGACAAAAGCGGUAGUAAAGUCAAACGUGACAAAAAGACGAAUGAGAGGAAAGAAGAAUGCAACGAGGAGGAGAGUACCGUCAAGGUGAAAUGUUUGAUCGACGGGAAGGAGUUCGAAGACGCGAAAAAGUUACCGAAGCAUCUACAAGAAUUCCUUACAAUGUCCGCCACGUUCGACGAUGUCGGAUAUGGUUAUGAUUUUGACACAAGGCAAAGUGAUAAUGAGAACGAUCUUCUGCACGAGAUUGACAAUGCUUUGAAAUUCGGCAAGGGAUUUCUGUUUGGGAAAGAGAACGUUAUGUUCGCUCCCACGUUUAAAGCUUCUUCCGCAACACCAGGCGUUUGGUCACCUGGAAGCGAGCCACCGCCACCCCCAAAGGAACCGAGUCCUGGACAGAAAGAACCUCCAAAGGAUACUGGAAUCCCUCCUGUCUGGACGCCUUCCAGCGCCGGAACCAGUCCAGUUCCUGAAAAAAAGGAAUUUCGACCGGUGCAAUUCGAAAGCCCUAUUCUGAGCCGAAAAAAGCCAGCGCAGCAAGAAAGUACACAGGAGGCCCCACCACCUUGGGAAACGGAAGAAGAAAAGAAAGAAACGUCCCGAAGUUGUUAUGACAGCAGUACGCGAAUUGUCAAUUCGCAUUCAGCACCUUCGCAAGGAUUAAGUUCGUUAAGUUCAACACCUCAUCUGCCACGUGCCCAGAAUCCAACUAUAACGCUGCUUCAGAAAGCAAGAGAGGGCCAAUUACCGAAAGGAGCAGCCUAUCUGGAGGAGACCGAAACGAUAAAACGACCUCCGAGCGACGAAAAGCCGAUAAUUAGUCCAGGCGAGAUCAUUUACAACGUGAAGAAAGAGUACGAGAGCGAGCCAGAAACAGAAAAUGAACCGCCAAAGAAGAUGGCCGAUUUGAGUCCUCGAAAAUUCAAUGGUAUUGGUCCAACAUCUAAGGAGGGUAUUCCUCUCGUUUUAAGAUCGGAAGUCAAGGAGAAUAAUCAAACAAAAUGGUAUAAGAAAAUGUACGACUCGUUGCAUCGUGCAGACAGAAGCGAUGACUACAUAACCGUUCAUUACAAACAAAGAAGAGGGACGAGAUAUGGUUACGAAAGUGGCAGUGGAUAUUUAAGCGAACCGGAACACCGUUUAUAUUCGGAUCGUUCUGUCACGCUCGACAGCCGUCGUCGUCUACGUAACAAGGAAAAUGAUUUCGCCACGUCGACUAUGCCCAGAAAAAAUGGCACAUUAAAAUAUACUUCAGAGAUUUAUAAAAAUCAACCUGGACGAAUCGAGGAUUACGAACCUGGACGGUCAUCGAUCGCCGAAAAGGAAGCCAAGGAGUGGUGGGACGAGGUCAUGGAUAUAUUUGACGGGUGGUUGAACGAGAAUGGACAUCCCCAGGGUAUGGAAAUGAAGGAGCUCCGAGAUGCACAGCUGAGCCACCGUGCUCUGAGCCUCUCCUACCGACCGGAGAGCAGUUACAAUCCUUUUGACCAGCGCAAUAGUCGUCCAGUGAAACCAUAUAUGUCACAUGCUCUUAAAGAAUCAGGAUACGAAAGCGAUUCUACUCUGGUAUUCCGUCGCAAGGAAGAUAUCAGCCCGCUGAGUCAAGUUGAACAAAGACUGGCCUAUAAAACUGUUCAAAGCGGUGGCGACGUACCCCUUCAUGGCUUUCGUAAACCCGCUCCAGAACGACCAAAGGACGACACGGGGAUCGAGAAUUUUCUGAUCUCGCCCACUUUGACACGGAUCCGUGUUCACCGAAAAAGUGUCUCUGCUACCACACCUGCUUCAUCAUCAACCACUUUCUCGCGACACGAAAGAUUAUCCUCCAGUGAGAGUGGAAUGAGCAAGAAAAUGGACGUUCGAUCAACUAUCACAAAAUCAAAGUGUCUCAGAGACGACAGUUUCACCAAUCCACAACUAGGUAGUAGAACAUUCUCAAAUGCGGUCACAGGACCUCCUUCUCCACCCCGAAGACAAUCUUCUAGAAACAGCAAAACAUUGAAACUGUAUGCAUCAACUGCAUCAAAUCUCAAACAUCAAACCAUGGAUAACACGCAAUCUUUUAAAUCAAGACACAAGCAAUGUUUUACAGAAGACGGGUCCAAGGUUAAAUCACUGAAAGAACGGUUUUGCAGCAAUCUUGACAGAUUCAAGCAGAGUCGAAAAAGUCUUUCAACUUCCACUUUAUUUCGAACGUCCUCUAACAGCUCGAUCUCGCCUCGGUCUAAAGUUUCUACUUCGGUGUCCAUUCCAUUGAACAAGAAGAACUCGGACUCGUGGUUGUCACAAAGUUUACUCGACACAGCUGCGAUGGAAAGUUUCGCGGCCGACAAAAGUCGAACUCGCGUUUGCGUGGAUACUUCUUCUUCGUGGAAAACUGGCUACGGAUAUUCAGCGAAACCUGACUUGAAACGUGGACUUGAACAUAAAUCAUCCUCUUCUUCUUCGAAGACGACUUCGAAAUAUCUAAUUCCUUCCCCAACAAAAUCAAAGAAGUUGCGUACUAUGAAUGAAAUCGGUAAUUCUAUAUCUUAUCUUAAGAAAACUAAUGUUAGAGGAAGGUUAACAAGAAAAGAGCAGGAAGAAUCUUCUAAAAGACUCGCCAGGUCACCGGUUGAUUUAUCUUCUAUAGAAAAUAGGAAGCAUUUGCAGAAAUAUAGAGACAAAAAUAGCAAAGAUGUUCGCACGACAGUAUUGCCAUCAGGAGCAGUUGUUAAAAGUUCCUCGACGAUGUAUUCUGCAGCUUUAAAUAAUGCAAAGCAGAAAAGUCCGCAAGACAAAUCUUUGAAAGUAAUAGUUACUGUGUCUUCUAAAGGACAGGAAAUGUUAAGAAACCCAGUAGACUCAACUUCUACAGCAAAAUCAACGUUUGCUUUAAAAUCUUCUUCAGCCACAUCUUCUCCAUCAGUUCUGGGUAGAUCGGUAUUAACAGACACCAGGAAACCGAGGACAAUAGUCGGACAGCAUGAUAAAAUAGGUUCUAGCAGGAAAUUUACAUCCUCUUCUGAUGCAAUUAGCGAAUCAUAUACAAAGAAGAGACUAAGACCUCAUACCAUCGUCAAGUUUCCUACACAAAAGCCAGAAACCAUAAAAAUUAAUCCUGACUCGACUAAAAAAAAACUUGAAGCAAAGAAAUCGAAGAAGGACAAGACCGAAGUUACUGCGAGAACGAAAAAAGUAACAACUGGACAAAAGUCAGAUUCAAAAAAUGAAAGUAUUAAUAAAACUAAUAUUGAAAACGAGGAGCCUAAUAUUAAACAGAGUCCGUUAUCAACACUGAGUAAACAAUCACCCGUGUUAGCUGUAGAAAAAAUUAAAGGACAUCGCGAAGUAGCAUGUUCCGAUACAUCUUUCCAGAAUCUCUUUUUAGAAUCAGUUUCUUCAGCUGUUUCAAAUGAAAAUGUCUCUUUUAAGAGAUACAGUGUUAGUGAACGAGCGAGGAUAUACCAAGAAAACAUCAGAGAGGGUAGCAAAUCGGAACCUUCAUUAAAAGCCUUGAGUAUUUACUUAGCUCACAAGCGUCCAGUAUCAGAUUCAAAAUUCAAAAACUGGGAACGCGAGAGUAUCUCUUCUAGGAGUUCAAGCCCAUACGGUGUCAGCUGGCCUGGAAGAUCUGUAUUUCAUAAAGUGAGCAAGUUUGACAGUCUUCUAGGUAUCGAGGACUUUGGAUCAUCGAGUAUUUUACGUAAUCGAAGUCCAGACUCGGCGAAAGAGCGUUUGAAGGAAAGAAGUUCAAGUGAGCCGCCUUUGAAGACUCUGCCAGAACGUUCAGGCUCGAAACACUCAUCUUCACGAACUUCUUCACCAUCUCCAAUUAGAUCACCAGCCUGUAGACGCAUUCGUACAUUGAAGCAAGAAAAAUCAGAAAUUCCUAAUACAAUUAUUGCGAAGAAGAUUGCAACUAAAAGUGCUGGAGAAACUGAAGAACUGCAAGAAAUCCGAUCUAAGUUUGGCUCUGAUUUAUCAUUGAGUAGAAGCACGAAUUCUCUGUACACGUCACCAAUUGGUCACGAAGAGUAUCAUCAAUAUGUACUGGAAAGGUUACACAACAGAAGGAGAUCGAAAAGGUACAAGGAACUGCACGAUUUCUAUUCGAGCCUUGAAAGAUUGGGCGAAUUGGAGAGGACUUUUUCUACCAACGACUUACGACCAAGGAUGAAAAACGAAGAAAUUAUAGAUUAUGAUAGAUGGAAGAAAGUAAGGUCGCACGAGAGAGCUGAAGUCGAGUUCAGUGCUCUGUAUGGAAAGCUGAAGGCUGUUCAGAGGAACAAAGACUUGUUGUUCAGCACCAAAGAUAUCAGUAAGUUUAAAUGGCACGGUGACUGCAGUUUAAGGUGUAAAGAACGAUCUGUUGAAAAUAUUAUUCAGCAUUUCAACAAGCUGCAAUCUGAAGAGAGUGACCUAGAAUAUUCUAGAAGAAAAGAAAUCUCGUCGAGAAAAGAUACGUAUAAACCGCUUUGGCGAGGCACUUCUGUACUAAACGUGGCGAGCACAAUGCAGAAGAAAGCGAAUAGCUCUCAUAACGAGAAAUCCUUGGAUCAUACAGAUCAUCCAUUCUUACAAAGAAAUCUUGGUGGCAGUAAAAAAUUUUGGAGCAGUUUGUCUAUCGAACAAGUAGCUACUUUGAAGAAACAGCUAAACGAAAUUUACGGUAGCGAUAAUUUGCAAAAGUUUGCACCGUCGACAUCUUCAAAAAUGAAUCCGGAAAUCACAGAACAACGACAAGAGAAAAUAGGAGAAACUGAUAAACACGAUUCUUUAUCGAAAUAUGAAAUUGUCGUUCCACCUCAAGUCGAAUCGCCCGAUGUUCGAGAUGAUGGGAAAGGUCUUCAUGUACGAUGCCACUCUAUGAUUACAUCGGAUAUAUCCCCAAGGGAUCAUAAAUCGUUGACGGAUCGUCCAGAAUUGAAAUUGAAGAGAAGUGAUUCUAUUAGUCAAGGGAAAAGCACAGAAAAAUUUGAAUCUGAUAAAACUCUAUUCAGAAUCCCUCCAUCUAUGAGCGAGUUAGAGAAAAAGAGACUGUCUGUGACACUUGGAAAAGAAGUUUUGUCAGUUCUGUCGCUUCCAUUGGCUCCCCGUGAAACUCGAGGCAGCAUAGCAGCUGCAUUAGCGGCUAAGAAGAUGCCAAAAGCGACACGUUCUGCGGCUACGCCUAGCGUGACCAGCACAUCACCUAGAAGCUGUUAUUCUCUGGAGCCGUCAAGCGUUGAAGAUUCAUCGAGAACAGACUUGGGGAUUAAAGAAAGCGACUUCCUAUUGGUCCUAACCCCAAACAGCAAGAGUCCAUCUGAUAGACAGCGAGUAGAAAACGUUUUGGAAGAAUGGUCUAGAAAACCUCCUCUUCUAACGAUUGCUAUACCUCACACGACUACUCAGACCAAAAUUUCAGCCCAAAAUUCUGGCAGUGAAAGAGACAGUAUGACUGAAAGUUCCGAAACAUCUGUAAGAACGGUUAUUCAACGAAAUAUAGAGUCUCAAGAUGUUCCAACGAAGAUCGAAUUCUUCGAAAACGUUGAUAAAAUAGAAACUGAUCAAGAUCGUAGAAAAGCGGAGCAAACGAGAUCAAAAUCAAAGUUGAAAUCAGGGAGAUUGUCUUCUUCUCAAAGUUUUGCAGAUUUGAAAGAAUUAUUCGGUGAAACGGAAUCGGCAAAAUAUAGCACCUUGUCUUCGUCAAGGUGCAGAACACGUUCUAUUUCCCCAAAAGCAUUCGUUACAAAAGAGAAAGAAAGCAGCCCUGAUAGGGAAGUGGACACGCGACCCUCGUUUCGCUCUUGUUCAUGCGACCGUGAACAUGAUAGGCCUCAGAGCAUUAGUCCGUGUCGUGCAUCCAUGCGAUCGAAUUCAUCCUGCAGUCUCGAGAGCAUCUGGUUGCGUAGUUCCUCGCCAGACCCGGGAAAAUAUUGGCGCGCCUAUUUAAAGCUAGUAAAAAAUGGUACGGUGAGACGUUUGAAGGCUAGAUUUGAGAGUGCCGAAGAUCUUCGUGGAAAUACAGUCAGGACGGUUCCAGUACCAAAAAGAUUUCAGAGCGAUCCUGAACUGGCCAGAUGUCUUCUGAGGAAGGUGGACGAAGGUAAAGUGAAGCCUCAUGAAUUUGCGGACGUAGCCUGGUUGCGUCGAAGGUACGAGCCUCGCAGAGGAAGAGCUCGCCGCAGAGGCGAGUCUCCGCCGAUUCCACGUGUCCCUUUGAGACGAGAGGACUUGUCUAUGCCUCACAUCGAUGUUAUCAGUAAGACAGCUGAAUUGAAGGAUUCAGCUACAACUUCUACUGUGACUAAUGCUAGGAAGGCAGAGACUGACGAGCUGGAGGCGAGGAAGUCUGUUGGGCGUAUGAGAAAAAAGUUCGAAGAGUUUGCUACUCAGAAAACUUCGAUCCUGGGUGAAAUGUUCACCUCGUCGCCGAAUAUGCACGAGCUGAGAGAUAUCGCCCCUUAUCUAGCUGGUCAAUGGAUAGCACAUAGGUAUCCCAGUCGACGAGAUAACAUGCGCUCGUUGUCGUCGCCACCCAACCUCGCUGCCAGAUAUGUUUCCUCGAAAAGUAGGACGAAUUCCGCUUCCACAAAGACACAGAUCAAUGAUAGAGGUAAAGUGGUGAACCAAGUACGCGCCUUAUCAAAAGGUCCAUCGUCAAUUUUGAAACAAUCAGAUGGUUUUACAAGUCAACCGUUUGAUCCUGCUAAACACAGACCGAGGUUUAGAUAUCAACCGCUUCCUCCGCCACUAUCGCCGACCGUUCCACAAAAAGCCACUUCUUGGUGGUCACCAAUUCCCAUCUACACUGCUCGACCAACUGUCACUUUCGAAGAAUACUCGAACGCACCUCCACCGCCGUCAAAAUCUCAGCACUACAGAGACGCCUGCCAAGAAUCACCGAGGCGUUAUGUGGAGGGUGAGGUGACAAUUCACUAUCGUUCACCAGUGCGUACAGAGGCAAAAGAACCAUUGAGCGAAGAAGAGCUCGCUCGUCGAAGCGCGGAAAAUAUGCGACGCGUUUAUGAAGAAGAACGUCGUCGCAAAUAUCUUCAGGAAUUACACGAUAUCAAUUCACGACGACACACUGACAACUUUAUACCAUCACAAAAAUCACCGAUUCCCUUGAAUCGUUACGACGAUUUCGUGGAUGAUUUGAGUCACAGAAGCAGAUCCCAGGAGCAAACACCGGAACCGCGGCUCGUGGCAAAAGCACUUUAUAAUUUUAUCGGGCAAUCUCCACGGGAAUUAAAUUUCCGUCGCGGUGACAUAAUAUUUGUACGUCGCCAGGUAGACAAGAACUGGUACGAGGGUGAACAUAAUGCUAUGAUUGGCCUGUUCCCAUCGAAUUACGUUGAGAUUUUACCUUACGAUGGUAUGCGCACGACCCCAAAAAAACCUUACGAGGGUCAAGCACGAGCUAAAUUCAAUUUCGUCGCCCAAACAAAUCUCGAAUUAUCUUUAGCCAAAGGGGAAUUUGUGGUCUUAACAAGAAGAGUUGAUGAAAACUGGUAUGAGGGACGUAUCGGAAAUAGAAAGGGAAUAUUCCCCAUCUCCUACGUUGAAGUUAUGACAGAGCCUGGCCUUAGAUCAGAAACGCCAACACAAAACAAACCAGUAGCCUCUCCAGCAGCGCAUAGUCUUUUGGCAAAUGGAUCAGCUGGGGGGAAAAUGAGUAUGGGAUCCCAUCACUAUAUGCCGUCCAUACCAGUUAACAUUAACACAACCCAGCCACAUUACAAUUCACUG